AAAGCAAAGGAAGCGCAGGUAAGACAACGAUGGCAGGCGCGGAUAUUGUUUAUGAGCAGGUCCACUUUAGACAUGACCCGAAGUGGAGCGUCCGCCUGCGGUCUGCGGAGGGCGGCGGGCUGCUGCUUUGUUUGGCCUGUGCCAUUGAAAUGAUGGAGGCGGAAGAAAUGGCCUCGGUGAGGAAGUGUUUUGCCUUGUCGAGUAUGAGCGGCAUCCUGAGGAGCUCUGCAGGGGCUCUGAGAGAGCUAUUCCGACAGGACCACAGAGUCACUCUGCAUUUUAUUACCACAUUAUUAGGUAUGCUUCAAAGUGAGGAGGACCCAGUCACUGUAGAGAAGGUUGGCCAAGUGCUGGUUCAGCUGCUUCUAGAGUUCCAGAACGAGCUGCCAUUUCACUUUGUUUUGGACAAGGUACACAAACAGCUGAACGACCAGCUUAGUGUGAAGCAUUUCCUGCCUACAUUCAACUUCCUAGGGAACCUAUUGAAGACCGUCCCCAACGUGGCCCAGAGCCUUCUAACUCAGUACGUGCCCUUGCUGGACCUCCUUUGCUCAGCUUUGGUUUAUCCAGACGAAGUGCUGAAGACUUCGGUGGUGAAUGUUUGGCUACAGCUGCUUCGCACCUCUGGAGACACUGGGGCGCAGUACCUUCCCAUUGCCACAAGGGACAGAUUAUGCAUCCUGCUGCUGCAGACUUUAAACAGUGCUAGCUCAGCUCAGCUUAUUAAAAACUGUGCCGGACUCCUCUGGCAGCUAGUCAAGCUGGAAGAAGCAGUGUCGGUUCUGAUGAGUACCUCAGGCAUGUGCGAUGCGAACGAGGACGGCCUCACCAACAGCAGCCAGACCCUCAUCCAAUACCAAGAGCAACAGCCUGCUGACCACAGCCUACUGCCUCUCCUGCUGAAAAAGCUGCUGUUGAGUGGUGAUGAGACGCUACAAGUGACCAGUGCGAAGUGUAUCGCUGCCAUUUUGGUUCGUUCUCCCAGUCAGUACUGUGCUCUCUGCAUCAAAGCUGAUUUACCAGGUUUUCUCUUUGACCGUCUGGCCAGCAGUAGUAGUGAGAUGUUGCUGUGGUCUUGCUACAGUUGCUUGGUGUUACUGACUGAAGAACCGCUUUUCUUCUCCCAGUGUCACUCUGUAUAUGGUAUCGAGUCCCUAGUGCGCAGCCUGAAGGAGGCUCUGCAGCUGACCAAUCUGGAAGUACCAAAACAAGGUUUUUUGCUCCUCACUGAAAUACUUGAAAGACAGCCACCAAGCAUACAUCUGUUCCCCAGUGGUUCAGGGUUUGUGGCGGUGUCAGAGGCUGUGACAGCUGGGGUCUCUUCCUCCUGCCCGCUGGUAGCGGCGCAGGUCGUGAAGGCUGCAGCUGCUUUGUUCAGACUCACCCAUCAGUCCAGACCAUUUCAGUACCAAGUGGUAGAGGAGCUGAUAGAGGCCAUCACCAGAAGGUUCUCUGAGCUAACUCUGUCUUCCCCUUCUCAUCAUCGAAGCACGAGGAACAAACGAAGGUCCGGAUCCAGCAGCCAGACCUUUCGGUCCAAAGGAUUUCUACUCCAGGCUCUGAUUUGUUUUCAGGCAGCCUGCAGGCUUGCUGAGGAGUGUGCGUCAGAGCCUGCUCUGAUGAAGAACCCAUUUACAGCCCCUUAUAAACACAGCGAUGCUCAGGAUUCACUGGAAUCUGUCUGUCAAUGUCUGCUGCGCUGCUGUGAUUCUGUGUGGAUACCAACUGUGCUUAGAACAUGUGAUGGUCCACCUAGUGCCCAGAUACUGGAGUCUCUCUACUCCAUCCUUUGUUCACAGUUUGUCCUUCUUCCAUCUUCAAUGCCACAGUUUGCCAAUAAACUGGUAUCUUCUGGUUUCUAUCGGUUGGCUGUGGAGCAUAAAGCCCUCCUCUGUGCAGGAAACAGGAACCCAAAUCUGAAUGCAUCUUGCUGUGGUUUUCUGCAGAAACUAAGCAUGUGUCUGCUCUUCCAGUCAGACCCUCCUUGUGGCUCCUGUCAUGAUUUUGAGGAGGUGGAAAAUCUUCUGCAGUGCAGCCUUUCCUCUCUGUGCUGUCAUCUGUCAGACUGGCCCUCUCUGCUGUGUGAAUAUCAGGAACCAAAGGCUGUUCAGUAUUGUUUGGUGAUGAUACUUUACCUGGCUCGAAAGCAAGGAGACAGGCUGCUCCCAGAUCAGACCGUGUUCUCCAGUGUGGUGGCGUUGUUGCAGUCAGUGCAGGAGGAGAGCAACUGUGUUAUUCCCUGCUCUGUUCUCCGCUCUGCCCUCUACUUGAUGGCAGUGACCCAAGAGAGGAGCCUCAAUCUGGUCGGGGCUCAUUUGAACUGCAUCAUCAAAGCGCUCUCCUCCUGCCAGAACUUCUCUUCCCUCUACAGUCACCACCCUGCACUCCUCCACUUCAUCUGGCGCUAUCCAGAACUUGCAGAAAAGUUUGGAGCCCUGGUCUUGGAGCUUUGGUUCACCAAAAAAUCACAGACAGAUGCCAUGAAGAACACGGCAGACGUGCAAGAAACUGAUGAAACAAUAGAAAGCCAAACACAUCAGCAGCAGGAUGAGGAACUAGACUUACAAACCUUGGAGAUGCUGUCUCUUAUGGAGAAGUACCCACAUGUCAUGCUGACCCUCUUGGACAUGGCUGUCAGCAGAGAAUCUCCUCUUGCAGAACAUGUCUUGGAUGUGCUAAAGGUUAUUUUGCUUAGACAAAGAGAGUUUGUGACAGAUUUGUGCACAAGUCUUAGACCAGCUCUGCUACAGGCAUUGCAGCGGAUAAGUGUGGACAACAUGGCUAAUGGGCUGGGACAAGGUCACGCUGCACCAGCUAACUCACUCCCUGUGGUGCUGAAGCUGCUUUGUCUGACGCAGGCCAGUGACCCGCCUUCACCCUACAUCUACAGUAAUAUGGAAGGAGUGCACUUCAAGCUGCUCUACCAUGUGAGUAGUAUAGGUGGGAUGCUGAAGCCUACUAACACAGAGAGCCUGCUGCCUGCCCUCAACUUCUUGCAGUGUUGCCUGAGUCUGUCCCCAGCACACAGCAGUGACCGAGCUGUCUCCAUGCUGCUCUCCAACAGUGGGUUGAUGGACCAGCUGCAGACAAUCAUCUCCUCCUCCUCUGUUCCUCCUUCCCCCCCUCCAUCUGCCUGUCCUCCUUCAGCUCUGCUGUGCUGCAGCCAUCUUCUCCUAUCCUCCCUCAUCGCCUUGCAGCACAUUCACUCCACUCAGGUUCAGAAGAGUAUUAUUUGGAGUCUGGACACAGCUGUACACCGACUGUUUUGUCAGAAAAGAAACACAGACAAUCUCUUGCUGGUCAGCUACCUGAGGAUGCUACAGGCUUUGCUUGAUGUUGACAUGGCAUCAUCAGUGAUGUGUUUGAGCACCGGUCCUGGAGUAGUUGGGCCCAGGCCUCUGGAGGCUGAAGAUGGAGCAUUGUACCCGCUUGGCUCAACAGGGGCCCAGUGCCUCCUAACUGCUCUGAGUGGUCUUCUUAUGCAGAAACACGAGUUGCUGCUGAGAACUUCGGUCAACUGUCUAAGCUCCCUGCUGGGCUUUCUUAAAAGAAAGUAUCCUGCUUCAGCUGAGCACGCAGUGUGUCAGCCUUGGUCUCGUUUCCUCCUGUACUGUAAGCUCAACUCAGGAGAGAAAGGCCUUCUGCACCCCGCUCUUCUCAGACUCAUAACACUUUUGUUGCAGUACAGCAGCACAGCAGUCCUGUGGGAGCCAGAUCUGCUCCAUGUGAUUGAUACUGUGGAGAGGAGUGGGAUGAAGGAGCUCAACCAUGAGGCAGCACGGGCACUAGAGCUGCUUCUUACGCAGAUCCAGAGAAGUGUUCCACUACCUACUGAGGGGCACAAGCUGAGAGUGAGAAAAAUGAUGGAGUCGCUUGGAGCACAGACAUCUUCUGAGAGCUGCAACGCGAGGCUGUCCAAUGUCUUACGUGUUGGAGAUGUGUCCCUCUGUAUGUCUGAGUUCUCUCUGAAAACAGGCUGAUCCAUCGACUUUUGGAUUUAUUUAUUUUUUGUUAGUUUUAUUUCUGAAUCUCUUUGAUUGUUCUUUCUGUCUGUGUGCAUCAUUACACCUCAGUUAUGUAACAGCAGCACAGUGAACUGUUGUGAAGGUUUAUGUUUGAGCCG